UCUUUCGGUAGUUUCGUUUCAUCUUACACGCCCUUUACCUUUUCUUCUUCUUCUUCUUCUUCUUCUUCUCUUGGUAGUUUCGUUUCAUCUUACGCGGCCUUGACUUCACAUUGACGUUGAUCGAAGCUAGCAGGAAACUGUGAUCACCUGUACCUACUUUUGAGAGCCUCUUCCUCUUCUGCUCAUUCUUCAUUCCAUCAGCGAGCUGUGCGUGAAAUCAAACAAAAAGCUAGAUUCGAUGGCCAUCCAAUUGAGAGCUUCUUCUUCUCUCUCUGCUUCUUCCACCGGUUCCUGGAGACAUGAUGUGUUUCUGAGUUUCAGAGGCGAGGAUACACGCUACAAUUUUACAGAUCAUUUGCACAUAAAUUUGGUUCGAAGGGGGAUCAUCACUUUCAUAGAUGAUAAUCUUACAAGAGGAGAAGAAAUAUCACAAGCACUUCUCCAAGCCAUUGAAGGAUCAAAGCUCUCUCUCAUUGUGUUCUCUGAAAACUAUGCAUCCUCAAAGUGGUGUUUGGAUGAACUGGUUCAUAUCCUUGAAUGUAGAAGAUCAAAGAACCAAAUGGUUUGGCCAAUCUUUUACAAAGUGGAUCCAUCGAACGUAAGACACCAAAGAGGCACAUUUGGUGAGGCACUUGCAGAGCAUGAACGUAGAUUCAAAGAUGACAGAACAGACAAGGUGGUAAGAUGGAGAGCAGCUCUUUCAGAAGCAGCAAAUUUAUCUGGGUGGCAUUUCUGGGACGGGUAUGAAUCUAAAUUUAUUGAUGGAAUUAUUGAAGAGAUUUCUGCACAAGUAAUAAAACAAACCCCUUUGAAUGUGGCAAAGUUUCCAGUCGGGAUAGAAUCUCGUGUACAAGACAUGCUUGAACGCUUAGAUGUUGGGGGAAGUGAUGUACGCAUGGUAGGGAUAUGGGGAAGUGGUGGAAUAGGGAAGACAACAAUUGCUAAAGCUGUUUACAACUCAAUUGCUAAUGAGUUUGAAGAUAGUUGCUUUUUGGAAAAAGUUAGAGAAUGUUCAAUGCCACAUGAAGGUCUAGUCAACCUACAAAACAGUAUUCUUUUUAAGAUUUUAAGGGGCACAGAAUUGAAAGUACUGAAUGCUGAUCAAGGAAUUACUUUGUUGAGCGAAAGGUUGAGAUAUAAAAGGAUUCUUUUAGUUCUUGACGAUGUGGAUCAAUUGGACCAGUUAGACAAAUUAGCUGGGGGACUAGAUUGGUUUCACAGUGGCAGUAGAGUUAUAAUAACAACAAGAGAUAAGCAUUUGUUGAUCACUCAUCAAGUGAAUCAAAUAUACGAGGCCCGGAGUCUAGAUCAUCAUGAAGCUUGUGAGCUCUUCAGUUCAAUUGCCUUCAAGAAUAAGAGAAUUUUAGAUGACAAUGAGAAGCACUUAGUUGGCACUAUUGUUAGAUAUGCUCAAGGCCUUCCGUUAGCCCUGGUAGUUUUGGGUUCACAUCUAUGUGGUAGACCGGUACAUAAAUGGCAAGCUAUGCUAGAUGGUUUUAAAAGAAAUCUUCCCGAAGGCAUUCAAGGUAUUCUCAAAGUUAGUUAUGAUGGAUUGGAAAAAAUAGUGAAAGAAGUUUUCCUCGACAUUGCUUGUUUCUUCAAAGGUUGGAAGACAAAUGAUGUGAUACAGAUACUAGAAGGUUGUGACCGCAACAACCCCACGCAUAGUAUUGAAGUUCUUGAAGAAAAGGCCCUCAUAAAUGAUGUAUAUGGUUGUAUUUGCAUGCAUGAUUUGCUAGAAGAGAUGGGAAAAGAUAUAGUUAAGCAAGAGUCUACAGAGCCUGGAAAGCGUAGUAGAUUGUGGUAUCACAAGGAUGUACAGGACGUUCUAACAGAAAACACGGGAACAAGUAAUAUUGAAGGCAUAAUGAUAAAAAUGCGUACAAUAGAUGAGAUACGCUUGAGUCCUGAAUGCUUCAAAGAGAUGAGAAAUCUUAAAAUUUUUAUAAACGUCAAUGGACGGUUUUGUGGAAAGGUUGAUUAUUAUCCGAAUCAUUUGCGGUUACUUGAUUACCGUGACUGCCCACUACAAUCUUUGCCCUCUGAUUUUAAUAUGAAGAAUCUGGUUCAACUUAAUAUGCCUUGCAGCCGCAUCUCACGUUUUGGAGAAGGAUUCAAGAGUAUGAAAAAUCUGAAAUCCUUAAAUUUAAGGGAAUGUAGAUUCCUAGCACAAAGCCCAGACCUGUCUGGAAGCCCAAACUUAGAGUUCCUGGAUCUAAGUAGGUGUAAAAGGUUAAAGGAGGUUCACUCUUCGGUUGGAUCCCUCGAAAAGCUUGUUCGCCUGAAUCUUGAGAAUUGCUAUGAGCUUGAGAGGCUACCUGAAAAAGUCAACUGGAGAUCCCUGAAAGACAUUAUUCUUCACUAUUGCUUAAGGCUGGAGAGUUUCCCUGAAAUUGUGGGAGAGAUGAAAUACAUGACAUCCUUGAGUCUAUCCAACACUGGCAUCAAAGCAUUGCCUUCAUCCAUUGGAUAUCUAAUUAACCUUCAAUGGUUGAGCUUACGUUCUUGUAGAAACCUCACAGAUCUACCUUGCAGCAUCUAUGAAUUGCAAAAUCUGGAGAAGGUUGGUUUGUACGAGUGCCCAAAACUCGUAACAUUCCCAAAAAAGGUGGACUCUGAAGUGCUUCCAACUUACUCAAAGGUUUCACAUGACAACCGUGACACUGAAUUCAAUUCGGCGCUUCCUUGGCUACAUCAAUUCUGGGCGAUUGGAUGCAAUUUGUCUAAUAUUGAUUUCCUCGCAUCCCUUGAUUGUGCAUCCACUUUAGAUGACCUUAGUUUAUCAAGAAGCCCCAUUGUAAUUCUUCCCGAAUGCAUCAUCAACAAAUUUGUCAACUUGUCGAGACUCUGUUUGAGAUACUGCACGAGGCUUGUAGAAAUUCCAGAGCUUCCACCAAGUAUUGUCUGUUUGGAUGUGAGCAAUUGCGUAUCAUUGGAAAGAAUUUCAAAGUUGUCAAACAUUUUGGAGCGUAAAGAGUCACAAAUUAUGAUUGAGGAGAUGGACUUGACUAAUUGCUGGAGACUCUGUCAAAAUUUGGUUGAGAUGGCAAACAAGGAUGAUGAUGAGGUGGACGCUGAUCUCUUCUCUCGAUUCCUAUGUUCUCAGCAAUCCAAGUUCACAAUUAGAUUUCCAGUUCCAAGAAGGGAGGUUCCAAAGUGGUUCAGCUGUCAAAUGGAUUCCAAGGGGCAUCGACGGUUUGAAUUUUGUAUUGAAACACUUGCAAAUUUCAAAUGGGACAACACAGGAUUGGCUCUCUGUGUUGCUGUUGAUCAAAAGCUGCGAGAUCUGCCUUGGACUUUUUGCUCUUUUGAUGUCCAUAUUCACAUCAAUGAUGUACGUGUUUCAAAACUCUUCCCCCAGUUGGUUGAUUCAACAGAGUCGAAUCAUGUGUGGCUGCACUAUGUUCCCUUCCUUGAAAUGUGGCGAGUUGGUUAUAUGCGUCCAUUGCCCCCCUUUACGUGCCGAGUCAUUAUUUAUCAACGGUCAGCUUUUUAUGCGUCCAUAAAAAGCUGUGGUGUCCACCUUGUAAUGCCACCCAAUGAAGACGUUUCUAGGAAGCUAAUCCGUGCAGAGAACCUCACCAGUGAACUUUCUCAUGAUGAAGUUUAUAAGUAAUCCUGGAACAAUUAUCGCCCCAAACAGAGGACUGACUGCAAAGAAUUAUAUACUGAUGCACAAGUGCACAACUGGAGAACGAAAAGCUGUAAUUAUUACUACUGCAGCAUAGCAUUGUCUAUGGACCAGUGUGACGAAUACAGGUUUACAUUUUCAAAUUCUCUCUUUCUUUGAUAUCUUUGGAGUUUCAAAAUUGGUUUGUAAUAUCAACUCUUUGUUGGCAUUCUCCAUAUGUGUGGAUAGAGUUGAACUAGUUUACCAAGCCUGGUUCCAUGUAACUAAAAAAAUGCAAAAUUGCAUCAGUGAGAGGAAUAUUAAAUUUGUAAUUUAGAAGCUUGAUCUAGUGCACUAAAUCUACUUAACUAAACUCAUCGAUGAACUUGUUGACGUUUUCUCUUCCGAUAGCCAAUCUCAAGGUCUUUCUAUUUUCUGAGUUUAUAGCAUCAUUUUCUGAAUUUAUUUCCUCAUUCAAGAAGUAAAGAGUUUAGAUCAUGAUUGUUUCAAUCAAUCACCAUGCCAAACAUAUAUUUACGGUGUCUGAUUAGAGUGAUAUUUACUUGAAGGCAUGAUUUAAGAUAUGGAAAUCAAGUUUAUUCACAUGCAUUGUCCAAUUAAUGCAGUGUAAUUACAAUGAUUUUUUUCUUUCAUUUUAUCAGUUUCUUGUUCAGUUACCACUCACCACUACAUUAUAUUGAACUUGAGAA